CACAAACCCUAGCCUCCCCGUCUUCUCCACUAUAUAAUUCCGCCAUUUCCAACCUCAUUUCUCCAUCCUCAGACAAUCUCUGCUACAAGAUUAUCUUCUCCUUUCUGAUUUUGCACCUCAUUAGUUUCCAAAUUCGAAAAUGGCACUUUCAGCGAUUUCUCUUGGCAAGCCUUCGGCUGCCAUUCUUCCCAGCCUAACCGGAGCAACAUCUCCUGCUUCUUCAAUCUAUUGUGUUCCGAGCCUUGCUUUUCCUAGGAAGCAGAAGGGAGGUUGCUCUGUCUCUGCUACGGCGGAGGCGGCUGAUAUUCCGCUCACUGGGGUGAUUUUCCAGCCAUUUCUGGAGGUGAAAAAGGACGAGCUGAUGGUCCCAUCUGCCCCUCAAGCCUCACUCGCUCGCCAGAGGUAUCCCGAUGAGUGCGAGGCCGCGAUCAAUGAGCAGAUCAACGUCGAAUACAGCGCAUCGUAUGUGUAUCACUCCAUGUAUGCUUACUUUGACCGUGACAACGUUGCUCUCAAGGGCCUGGCCAAAUUUUUCAAAGAAUCGAGUGAGGAAGAGAGGGGGCACGCUGAAAAGCUAAUGAAAUAUCAGAACACCCGGGGAGGAAGAGUGAAACUGCACUCAAUUCUGAUGCCACUUUCAGAGUUUAAUCACGAGGAGAAGGGUGACGCAUUAAAUGCAAUGGAAUUUGCAUUGUCACUGGAAAAGCUGGUCAAUGAGAAACUCUUGAAGCUCCAUGCCGUGGCUGAUAAGAACAAUGAUGUGGAGACUCAAGAUUUUGUGGAGAGAGAGUUUCUGGAGGAGCAGGUUGAAGCUAUCAAGAAAGUUUCUGAUUAUGUUACCCAAUUAAGAAUGGUUGGGAAAGGACAUGGAGUGUGGCAUUUCGAUCAGAUGCUCCUUAAUUAAGAUCAUCAAUAUUUUGAAGGGAGGGUGGUUUGCAUUGAAAAUGGUGUUUGAAGAGUGGGGGCAUGCAAGGGUGUUUAGAUUAUCAUAUGUUUAUGUUAAAUCGUUCAGAUUUGGAUUUUAUGUUAUUUGUUGUACGUUGCUAGGCAUAGCGUUGGUGAAUGCGAUCCCUGGUGCUUUGAAUCCAAUGAACCCUUUUUUGUAAAUGUCAUCACAAGUUCUGAAUGUGCUUUCAAUCUCAUGAUCCUUUUUUACUAACUUACUAGUACUAACUACCUAGAUAGAUAUCAUGGCAAAUAUAAUACUCG